AUGUUCGGCGAGGGAGAGGGCAAAGUGUGGGACCGGGUGGCAAGACCCCACCGGGACUGUAUGUGUUAUCUCGGACCCCCCACUUUGAUGCCUAUUGGGAUGCGCAGGUCACCCGACGUGAGCCCGAGAAGGCUCUCAGACAUCAGCCCUCAGCUCAGACAGCUCAAAUACUUGGUGGUGGACGAGGCCAUCAAAGAGGACCUCAAGUCUUCGCGUUCAGUGGAAGACAUCAACAGUGCGUCCAUAGAGGAGAGGAUCCUGCGCAUUACGGGCUACUAUGGAUACCAGCCCUGGAGUGGCAGCUAUAAGAUCCUCAAAGAGGAGGGACCCUCCCUGUCCAGCUCCUUCAGGGGACCAGGCGACUUAAUGUGUCCUCCCCAGGAUGUAGCCGAAACAGAUGCCCGAGCCACCUCUACUGGCGCCUGUUGA